GAUAUAUUGAAUAUAGAUAAUACAAUUAAUAGUUUAGAAUUUUUAGAGAUUAUAAUUUAUUUUGUGUUUAUAGUAUAUUUGAUAUUAGGGAUUUGGAAUUUGGAUUUAUAGUUGCAGAUUGUAAUCAAACAAUAGAGAUGGAAAGGAUUCCCGAUCAAAUGGGUUAUUUAAUCAUGACGAUGGAUGGGGCUGUGAUUUCUUCCGGUGGUGAUUUAGAGAAUAAUGAAAAAAUUGCGGACAUCAUAUCAAAAACAAUUAGCACAAGUAAAAGCUUAUACGUGCCUGAUGAACAAUUCCAAAACAUGUCAAUUUUAUAUCAACAUUAUCAUUAUUCUGUUUGUGUGUCAAAUAAGAAAAUCCAUGUUUCCAAAAUUAGACACGAUCCCAAUACAUUAGAAAACGAUGAAGUCAGAGGAAUUACAGAAGGUUCUUGAUCAGCUAAACUAAUAAGUUUUUAUAUUUUAGAGUUUAAGAUAAAUAUGUGUAGGUUAUAUUAUAACUGUAAUAACAUUUUCUUAUAUAACGUUAAUAAUAUUUCAAAUGUAUUAAAUUAAUAUUUAUAGAUUGGUUAAUAAUGUUAAUACUUUUUUAUCAGAUAAGGUAAAUCAUUAAGCCUUAAAUUUUUUUUUGAAAUAUUUUAUCAAACUACUCAAAUAUAAUAUAAAGUUUUGUUUAUUA